AUAUCCGGAUUCUCCGAGCAAUUCUGAGUUCCACGGUUCCCGACGCUGUCGGCACAUGCGCGACGGCCCUGCUCCCUCUUCCUCCUCCUCCAGUGGCUUCCACCGUCCGGGCAGCCACCGCCACCGCCGCCCAGGAGUCAGGAAGUUCAAGAUGGCCGCCGCGGAGGCUCAGUCGCUGCGGGAACACCCAGAGAUGGAAGAUGCUGAUAAUUCUGAAAAGAGUGUAAAUGAAGAAAAUGGAGAAGUAUCAGAAGACCAAUCUCAAAAUAAGCACAGUCGUCACAAAAAAAAGAAGCAUAAACACAGAAGUAAACAUAAGAAACAUAAACAUUCUUCAGAAGAAGACAAGGAUAAAAAACAUAAACAUAAGCAUAAACAUAAGAAACACAAAAGAAAAGAGGUUAUUGAUGCUUCUGACAAAGAAGGUAUGUCUCCAGCAAAAAGAACUAAACUUGAUGAUUUAGCUUUGCUGGAAGACUUGGAGAAACAGAGGGCCUUGAUUAAAGCUGAACUUGAUAAUGAGUUAAUGGAAGGAAAGGUCCAGUCUGGCAUGGGGCUCAUAUUACAAGGUUAUGAGUCUGGCUCUGAAGAGGAGGGGGAGAUUCAUGAAAAGGCACGAAAUGGAAAUAGGUCUAGUACUAGAUCUUCAAGUACGAAGGGGAAACUUGAACUUAUGGACAAUAAAAAUAGUACAAAAAAACGAAGUAAAAGCAGAUCCAAAGAACGGACUAGACAUAGGUCUGAUAAAAAGAAAAGUAAGGGAGGUGUUGAAAUAGUUAAAGAGAAGGCGACAAGGAGCAAGUCAAAGGAGAGGAAAAAGUCCAAAAGUCCCUCCAAACGAAGCAAGUCUCAAGAUCAGGCAAGAAAGUCCAAGUCUCCUACCCUUAGAAGGCGCUCUCAAGAGAAGAUUGGGAAGGCCAGAUCUCCUGCCGAUGACAAGGUGAAAAUUGAAGAUAAAAGUAAGUCAAAAGAUAGGAAAAAAUCCCCAAUUAUAAAUGAAAGUAGGAGUCGUGAUCGAGGCAAAAAAUCUAGAUCCCCAAUUGACUUGAGAGGUAAAUCCAAAGACAGAAGGUCACGGUCCAAAGAGAGAAAAUCGAAAAGGUCUGAAACUGAUAAAGAGAAGAAGCCAAUUAAAUCUCCCUCUAAAGAUGCUUCCUCUGGGAAAGAAAACAGGUCCCCCAGUAGAAGACCUGGUCGUAGUCCCAAAAGAAGAAGUUUGUCUCCGAAACAACGUGAUAAGUCAAGAAGAAGUCGAUCUCCACUCUUAAAUGAUAGAAGGUCUAAGCAAAGCAAGUCACCUUCUCGAACUCUGUCUCCUGGUAGGAGAGCCAAGAGCCGAUCCUUGGAAAGAAAACGCAGGGAGCCUGAACGGAGACGCCUUUCUUCGCCAAGAACACGACCUCGAGAUGACAUCCUCAGUAGGCGGGAAAGGUCAAAAGAUGCCAGCCCAAUCAGUAGGUGGUCUCCAGCCCGAAGAAGAGCCAGUAGAUCUCCUGUUAGGAGGAGGUCCCGCUCCCCCCUCAGACGGAGCCGAUCUCCCAGAAGAAGAAGCCGGUCUCCUCGGAGAAGGGACAGAGGUCGAAGGAGCAGAUCACGCCUGAGAAGGCGGUCUCGGUCACGGGGUGGUCGUAGACGUAGGAGCAGAAGCAAAGUAAAGGAAGAUAAAUUUAAAGGAAGUCUUUCUGAAGGAAUGAAAGUUGAGCAGGAAUCUUCAUCUGAUGAUAACCUUGAAGACUUCGAUGUUGAGGAGGAAGAUGAAGAAGCCUUGAUAGAACAGAGAAGAAUACAAAGGCAGGCCAUUGUUCAGAAAUACAAAUACCUUGCUGAGGACAGCAACAUGUCCGCGCCGUCUGAGCCCAGCAGCCCCCAGAGCAGCACCCGUACCCGCUCUCCCUCCCCGGAGGACGUCCUGGAACGCGUCGCUGCCGACGUCAAGGAGUAUGAACGGGAGAACGUUGAUACGUUUGAGGCCUCAGUCAAGGCCAAGCAUAAUCUCAUGACAGUCGAACAGAAUAAUGGUUCAUCUCAGAAGAAGCUGUUGGCGCCCGACAUGUUCACAGAAUCUGAUGAUAUGUUUGCUGCGUAUUUUGACAGUGCGCGUCUGCGGGCUGCUGGCAUUGGAAAAGAUUUCAAAGAGAAUCCCAACCUCAGGGAUAACUGGACUGAUGCAGAAGGCUAUUAUCGUGUGAACAUAGGUGAAGUCCUGGAUAAGCGUUAUAACGUUUAUGGCUACACGGGUCAAGGCGUGUUCAGUAACGUGGUCCGAGCCAGGGAUAAUGCGAGGGCCAACCAGGAGGUGGCCGUGAAGAUCAUUCGGAACAACGAGCUCAUGCAAAAAACUGGUUUAAAAGAACUAGAAUUCUUGAAAAAAUUGAACGAUGCUGAUCCUGAUGACAAAUUUCAUUGUUUGCGACUCUUCAGACACUUUUACCACAAACAGCAUCUCUGCCUCGUGUUUGAGCCUCUGAGUAUGAAUUUACGAGAGGUGUUAAAAAAAUAUGGUAAGGAUGUUGGCCUUCAUAUUAAGGCUGUACGAUCCUAUAGUCAGCAGUUGUUCUUGGCACUAAAACUCCUUAAAAGAUGCAAUAUCCUCCAUGCAGAUAUCAAGCCAGACAACAUCUUGGUUAAUGAAUCAAAAACUAUUCUAAAGCUCUGUGACUUCGGGUCGGCUUCACAUGUGGCGGAUAAUGACAUAACGCCUUACCUUGUCAGUAGAUUUUAUCGCGCCCCCGAAAUCAUUAUAGGUAAAAGCUAUGACUAUGGUAUAGAUAUGUGGUCCGUAGGCUGCACCUUGUAUGAACUCUACACUGGAAAGAUUUUAUUUCCUGGCAAAACCAAUAACCAUAUGUUGAAGCUCGCCAUGGAUCUCAAAGGAAAGAUGCCAAAUAAGAUGAUUCGGAAAGGCGUAUUUAAAGACCAACAUUUUGAUCAAAACCUCAACUUCAUGUACAUAGAAGUUGAUAAAGUAACAGAGAGGGAGAAAGUUACUGUCAUGAGCACCAUUAAUCCAACUAAGGACCUGUUGGCUGACUUGAUUGGGUGCCAGCGACUUCCUGAAGACCAGCGUAAAAAAGUGCACCAGCUGAAGGACUUGUUGGACCAGAUCCUAAUGUUGGACCCAGCUAAACGGAUUAGCAUCAACCAGGCCCUACAGCAUGCCUUCAUCCAGGAGAAGAUUUAAGCGAGAUGAAGAAGCUCCAAGGGUUUGAGUAAUUAAAUACAAAGACUGAAGAAAUUUCACAGCAGUUUAUUAAUGUAUAUAAACUUAUAAAUAUUUCUCCUGCAAAUUUGAGGAAGCAUGAUAUAUUUGAAUUAACACCAAGGGUGAUAUUUCUUUUAGAAAUGUUAGUUAAUCUGUUUUGUGUCUUAUGUGAAAUUUCACUGUAGAAAUGUUUUAAUUGCCAAGACUGCACAGAAUUACAGUGCUAAUGUAAAUGGUUGCAGUUCACAGAAAAGACAGAAGCAUCUGUUAUAAAGCGAGCAGUAAUACUGGGUGGUUGAUUUAUUUUUAGCAAACUUGGCUUCGUUUUGGUCUCCAGGUAAAAAGGCCAGCGUAAAUGCUGUUUAUAUUCACGUUUUCCUAGGUGUGUGUGUGCAGGCCACAGCAGCAUGCCCUGGGUAGUCAGUGCCGAAGGGGCCUGUUCCUUCUUGAGCCUGCCUGCAGGGAUGGUCUCCUCUUUUAAAGCAGGUUGUGUACAACAUUCAGUACACUGAAGGUAAGCUAAACCAUCAACAUCACUGGUGUUUUAAGAUGUUAUUUUAUUGGAACAAUUGACAAAUGAGGGAUAUUAGCUUUGUGGCAGAAUUCCCUGCAUGUGUGAUAACUGAUCUUGUUUUAUUUUUUGGCAUUGCAACUGUGGCAUAGUUACAAUUUCUGUUCUGUUCAUCACAUUUAAAAUUUGAAGAGUAUGCGCUUGAUGGAUAGAGCGCCUUCAGUGUACUGUUUCUUAUUAACUUUAAUUUUUUUUAAAUCAACUUGCUAUAGACUUUAUAUACAUUUUGUUUAAAUACAGUUCCUAGUGACAUAGAAACAAUGCGUAGUUUUCAUUUACUAAUAACAGAUGUUGAGGCCUAAUUCUGGAAGUCCUCAUAUUUAAAAGUUAGAUAGACAACAUAGUGAAAUUUUUAACUAUUUGUAUGUCAUUUUGAAAGUGUACUGCUUUAUGGUAAAAGUGUUUUUCAUUUGUUCAUUGUUUUCAUUAUUUGUGAUCAUGUUGUCUUUCAAUACAGGCAUAAACCUUCCACUCUUGAACAAAGCAGCUGCUUUUUAAAAGCGGUAAUUGCUUCUUUACCUUUUAUUUCUUUUGUAAAUGAAGCUUUUCUUUAAGGAUGUGACUUUACAGUGUUGUCUAUUGCAUAAAACAGUUGACACUCACUUAUUGUAAAGUGAAGAUUGUUCUACUGCAUGUGACGGUGGACCAUGCAGAUUUCUGUAUGUUCUCAGUAUGCAUCACUAGGUAAUAAAGUCUUUUGUGAACAAGGCAUUUGUAGCCAUUUUUAAAAGUUUUUGUCUUCAGUGCUGGUAAGUCAGGUAAACGAUAUAGAGUUAAAAGCAACCUUGCGUUUCUUCCUUUAAGUCUUUAACUGAAAGAAUUAUUUGUUAAAGAUGUAAACCUAGCCAGAAGUUUAUCAUUUUAUUAAUAAUUAGGAUCCUAAUUAUUUCAUCAAAAAAUUCUACCAGUAUUGUCAGCUUUCAGUGUAGUGAGGUAAUUCCUGUAGGUUAUGGGGUAUAAUUCAGGAUUUAACUAAUGUUUCUGCUAUUUUCUCACUUUUCCUUCUGAUGGUGCGGAAAGAGAAAAAGGAAAACGGGGCACAGGCCACUCACCGCCUUCUCCAAGGGGUCUGAUUUGCUGAGACACCAGCUUCACCUUCUUAACAAGGUUAUUUCUGACAGCAUGUGUAGAUAAACAUUUAGCAACAAUUUAAAACAAAAUCAUGUAAAUCGGUUUGGCUUUGCAACACGAAGAAAUUAGUAUUUUUUAACAUGAUAGCAGAGAAUUUUCAGAAAUGUAUGUAAUCUUUUCUGUUUGGGUGGUAAAAUUAAUGCUUGUCUCCCUGAGGAAUGUGGAAAAUCAUCAGAUUUUAGGGGUUUAAAUAAUAUUUUAAAAUUGUAAAUGGGAUUUUUUUAUUCACCCAGGCACCUAAUUACAACAAGCAUGCACAUUUUGGUGCAUUCAAGAAUGGAAAAUCAGAGUAGCAGCAUUCUUCUGGUGGGUUUACUCCAUUUAAAGGCAUGAAAUGCACUACAGCCAGGAAGGUGAUAGGUGAUACGAUAGGCCAGCUUUGACGCUGUACCCCCCGUCUCCUCGUGGUUCAGACGUAAACUGACAUAAACGCCAGGUGGUUCUCAUCCUCAGGUGGUGGCGCCUUGUAAACAAGGCGCCACAGGUGCAGCUUUCCUACCUGAAUGAAACGGGUAGUGAUUUUCCCACCGCUGUUUACUUUGGUGAUAAUAUGCUGCAUGGUCAAGUCUCUCCUAGGCAUUUUCACUCAGAAUAUUGAUAGUUAGCGUUUGUAUGUUUCUGGUGAUUUUCAUGGCUUCAUUUUAUAUACUUAUUUAAGUAAGUUAACUUCCACUUAGAGACAGUUCAUCUUAUGCCUUCAAAACUGUUACGUGUUCUUUAAAAAACAAAGUUGCUUGUUACUUGUUCUUUGUGUUUUAGGUGCAGCUCAGUGGAAGAUGAUGACACCAGAAGACAUGAGCUAAGGUUUCUGUCCUAUAAAAGAUUAAAAAAAAAAGAAUCCUCCAUUUAAUUUUUGUCUAGUUUUUUAGUUUUCAGCAUUAUGAUUUGGGGUGCAUUACUGUUGGGGGCUUAGAGUGGCGCUCCUGUGUUCAUUGUAAAGCUUUCGCUUUAUCGCGCUUCCUGCCUCUCCUCCACUCCCCCCCACCCCCCAGGAUGAGAGUAGUGGUCAGAUCUAGUGAUGUUGGCCGUGUGGGUGGUGAGGUUCCACAUCACACGUGGUUGUCAAAAUUGGUCCCUAAGGAUUAUUAGAAAGACAGUAGCCACCGGAAGAGCAUCCGUCUGAAGGUAGCCGCCCACGUGCGGUGCCACGUCUCCUUGGCUGGUGCAAAGGGUCGGAAGGAGCCCUGAGAGCGAGCGCUGCUCAGCGCCUGGGGCGCCCUCUUCUCCAGCUCGCCCGCAGUGUCUGUGUUCAGCCGCUGCUCCGGGCGCGGUCUUGAAGUAGACCAGAUACCCAGAGCACUGCCAGCGUUCCUUCCUAAGGGAAAUGGCGAGGCCGCGCUCCGUAGAUCUUUGAAAUUCCCGAACUCAGCAUUCCUUGAUUUAUCUACUUGAAAGGAACCCUGUAAGCAGUGUUUAUCCACACACACGUAAUUGUAUUGGAGUCUGUAAUGUUCUAAGGCAGAGAGACGUGGAGCUCCGCAAGCCCUCUGCUAGGUGGGCCCAGGGCAUGGACCGUCCUCCACAGACGCGCGGUCAGCUGCUGUGUAGUUACUCUCACAAAGGUCUUGCUGUAUUUCACUUUAUGGCAAAAAUGAUGCCAAGUGAUUGUGAGACUUCAGGGUCCAUAAGUCCUAGGACAUAACCCACAAAGAUGGCGUAGUUCUCUCUGUAGUUGGGGGGAUAGUUGAGCUUCCACAUUUUAGACACCGUUCUCUGGGUAGACCUGUUCUCGAAGGUUAUCAGAAAUUAGGCUGCAAUGUCAGGGUUUUGAAGGGAGUGUCUUGUCGUAAAUCUUAAGACCCUCCCAGCAUUUGUAUUCACCCUCACCUUCACGUCCUUAUUAAUAGCGUCCUGUUUCUUUAUUCCCCAGUGCCUGUUUCAUUCCACUCUACUUUUUCUCAAAAUAAUUUUGUGUUUAAAAAAAAUUGUUUUUUGCCAUUAUAAUUACCACUUUCUUUUCUUGACUAAAACAAAUACUCAGGACAUUUUUACAGUCACAGUGUUUUGGGUAUGUGGUGGAGGCAGUGAGGUGCAAAGUUCUCAGGUUUGUCCCUUUUUGCAUUCUUCCCCCUCCCCUUCACCUGGACUUCUGUAGCUGGCCGGGGAGAAGGAGAAUCUCUGAAACGGGCAUCACAUGUCUUCAGAUUUAGGCCGAGCAGUUGAGGGAAUCCCCUUUUAAAUGUCGAGAUAGGAAAGAAGCCAGAUAUCAAAUGCGCAGUUACUUUAUGUUAGUUAUCAUGACAUUGUCAGAAAUUGGGCCUCAUAAAGUGCUUUCUUUUUCAUAGAAUCCUAGUUCAGGCGUAUAUUUAACGUAAAUUUUAUCAUUCUUUUCUGAGACGAAAUGUCCUUAUAGAAAUGUUCACUACAAAUUCAUGUGUUUUACAUGUCAAUUAAUGUACACUAAAUUGACUUUUAAAAUGCUUUCCAGUUAUUUUGAUAGAUAUCAUCAUGGUAUCUUCAAUUUUUCUUCUCCUAUGUGUAGGGUAAGGGACUGUUCUUCUGAAGAAUCUUUCCAUUUAGUGAUCAAGAUAUGGAAGCUCAUCUCUGAAAAUACUUGACAUGUAUCCUAAUUAUUCCCAGUGUCAUUUGAAUUGUAAGUUGCAUUUCAGCAGCAAUGUUCCCAGUUGACUUAUUAGGAAAAUGUAAUAAAAUGUGCCUCUUGUUACCA